AUGGAAGCGUUGGAGAUGCGAAACGUUGCCGCACCUGUUCGGAGUCUACAGCUUGGAGUCAGAUUUACCGACGGGAGUCCUGAUUUGAGGUUCACUAUGACUCCUCAGGAUACGGGCGAGACAGUUUUGGCCAAGAUUCGGCAAGAAAGGCCAGAAUUACAGCAGAAGCGCCUCAAACUCAUUCACGCUGGACGACUAAUCCUGGAUCAUUCGGUCCUUGGCACGUUGCAGAAGCCCAGUGUCAUUUCGCCUACGGAAUCCCGCCUGUCUUUAAGUAACUGGUCAAAGAAGGAGAAAACGGAACCCAAACCUGAAAAUGAGGAACCCGUCAUCUGGCUGCAUUGUUCUGUCGGCGAGAUUAUUGAAAACGAGCAAACUCAGGAUAGUACAGAAACACCCGUAAGCACUCUCGUCGCAGAUUUUAUUUGGCUUGACCUCUAUAGACGAGAGGAAGUACCGAAUAUCUAUGACCGCUUUACCGACGCGGGACUGUCUCAAGCAGAUGUGCAGACGAUACGAAGCUUGUUCAGGCGCAUGAUGUUUGGAAAUGGCGCAUCCAAUGCAGAAAAUGAGCGAAGUUUAUCUGCGGCACAAAUUAACCGACUCGAGACCGAGUGGCUAGAGUCUAUCAGUCAACCAUCGGCGUUUGAAGAACCUUCAUCCUCAGCUGAACCACCAGCAUUCCUCUCGUACCUCCUUCCGUCUGCUACACAUGCGUCUCCUGCUCGAUCCACUACGCAAGGUCUUCUGUUUGGUUUCUUCUUCCCAUUCAUAUCCAACUUUAUGGUUAGACCGCUGUAUCGACCGGCAGCUUUCUUUGAUGGAGAGAUUUGGCCCAACCUUAAUAGCGAGGUUGCUGCCGUUGCGUCUGCCUUGGCAGUCAUUGAUACAUCUGCACAGCAAAACCGCGAGAAUACCUCCAAUGAUAAUGCACCAACCGCAGACGUAACAGAACCUGGAGAAGGCUCGACCAAUGCGGCCGUAGCAUCCGAUGGUCCCGUCGAAAGCCAGAGGGAAGAAGCAAGGUCAACCACUCUAGUCGCGGAUGCCAUGGUUGAUCCGAUUCCUAACCUCACAUUUACGGAUAUUAUGCAUGCUGCUAUCGAUGCAGUGAAUACGCGAACCAACGAGCUCACAGAUCGCAAUGAGGCGCUGGAGGAGCAACUGGAUACUUUACAAAGGGACUUUGACGUGAAGUUUCGCGAAUACUCAGCAGAGAAGGAGCGCAUUUGCUGGAUUCUUUGGCGGGCCGCUAAUCUACGCGUCAACUUGUCGCGUAGAUCAAUUCGAAUGGACGAAGCUUUCAAGCAAAUGCAGGAUGAUGUGGAUGUCCUCGUGCAAGAGACUAUGCUCUCCGAUGCCGUUCGUCGACUACUGGCCACGGUGCUCACCCGCACCCAUGAACAAUACGAUAAACUCGAGGCAUGGAAUGACGGGGUGCUGCAAGAUCUUGCCAGUCUUGAAAGCGAUCAUUACAUCCUGAAGAAGAAGUAUGCCGCACUUGCAUCCGCCUGGCAACAGAAGACUGGAUUACCUCUUCCCAAACGACAGACAGAGAUUGAAGAGGAGCAGAAUGGUGCAGCCGCGAGGAUGCAGGAGCAAAAACGUCACCUCCAACAACAACGCGAGCAAAAGCUCGUUUCUGGCGAGUUUGCCCCGCUACCGGUGAAUGUGCCUUCCUUGGGAGCACAAGAGCAGCGAGGUUUCUCUCCUAUUCGCAAACGGCGCACGCAAAACGCGGACGGUGUUCAAAUACCGCCUCCAAAACCAUCGGUGACCGCGCUCCGUGCCAUCUUCCCCCCACCGCAGCCGUUUGAAGCAGCUAAUCUCAACCACAAUCUACGACAGCGAAAGGUACCGGCGAAUACCCAGAGCGAUUCUGCAGCCUUGGCACCAGCUGCCUCGGUGUCCAACCCUUCCGGCCGUCCACCCACAAGUACAGGUCGCGCUGCAAAGCACAACGGUGGUGUUCAAUCUGGUCCUUCGUCGAACGAUGCCCAAGAUAGCGAGAGCGAGAACUUGGAACCGGAUCUCCAAGGCCAGGUCGAAGGACUUGGAGAAGUGCUUUUCAAGCAGCAGGCCUUCAAGCCUGAGGAACUCCGUGAAUAUCGACUUAGGGUCCUUGACCUCCACACGAAGGUGGAGCAGCGAGCCAUCGAAGUCGGGAAGAAUUGCGGCAAAGACGAUGAAGCUCGACGCCUUGAUAGACGCAAACGCUUGGACGAACUAGGCGGCAAGCUACAACAGGAGAUGAACGUCAAUCUCGGCUAUUUGCCACUUCCAGACAAGCCCAUCCCAGUCCCACGCUGGAGAGUCACCCGAGUCAGGGAGCCAGCCAUUGCACCGGCUGAUCCCGUAAAGACCGACGCAUUCGAGACUGAAGCCCAGGGACCGAUUGAUUCGACCUCAGAACCACGUGAGGAGAGUCCUUGGGUUGACGAUGAUCCUCAUGACCCGCGACGAGAGGAGAUAUUUGCACGAAUAUUGGAUAAGCUGGAGCGCAGGGCGCAAUUGAUUGAAAUAGGCAAGCGGAAAGCACUCGAACUUGACUCGGAGGUGGAAGAAGCCGCAUUUGAAAGCUCUGAAGACACCUCUUCCACGCCUCAAGCCAAUCCACGCAAGUCGAAGCGUGGAGAGCGAGACAGCUACGAAGAUGAGGAAUCAUUCAUGUCUAGCUUUACAGAGGAAGAGGAGAAGAAUCAGGCGAGGAAGAGGCGGAAAGUUGGCCAACAGAGGCGAGACGACGCACCUUACAAAGGCAAGAUAACAAAGUCUGGGCAACUCGGGCGCGUGCGCAAAGUACCUGCCGCUGCCGCGAAUACCGUUGCAGCAGCAGGUGGCAAGACGCUGAGCAAACCCAGACCCGCUGAACUGCCAAAGAAAAAGACCCAGUCCACUCUACGCAAAGGAAAGGGCAAGCCAACGGAACCUCAGAUGGAAAUCAGGGUGCCCAAGGCUGUCGCUGCCGUCUUUUCGGAAAGUAGCACUUCGUACAAGGACGAUUCUGAAGAUGAGCCAGAGAGUGAAGAACAAGAGUCUGAAGAGAGUGACCCUACCUGGGAAGAGCGUCGCAGCAAGACCCGGCACCCAACGCGUCGGCCCGCUACUUCCAAAGCUCCAUCGACCAUUAAGAGUAGAGCUAAACGGAGAUAA